AUGAAGAGAUCUCAAGGCAAACCUGCAAAUCGUGGGUUUGAAGGACCCCGCUCCGGCUUCGCGGGCUUUGGAGGGUUUGGCAAUGCCGCCUCCGGAACCUCCCUGUCGUAUCUUGCCGAGCCUCCAUCUUUCUCAGCUGUUUCGGAUCCUAAUGUUGUUGUGUCUCUCAAGAACAUCUUGAAGAAAGACAGCACUACAAAGGCCAAGGCUCUUGAAGAGCUCUUAGCUUACGUCCAGGCUCACCCAUUUGACAAGGAUGGUGGGGUGGAAGAGGCGAUCCUCGAAGUUUGGGUUCAAUUAUAUCCUCGCACAUCGAUUGACAAUUCACGUCGUGUGCGUGAGCUCACACACAAUCUUCAGUUUGAGCUUAUGAAGUCUGCCCGAAAGAGAUUUGAGCGCCAUCUCCCAAAGAUCGUCGCCGCAUGGCUUGCAGGUCUCUAUGACCGUGACCGUGUGGUAGCAAGGGCUGCUAGCGAUGGUCUAACCUCAUUUCUCAACACCCCUGAAAAGGUCCUUGCAUUCUGGAACAAGUGCCAGGCGCAGAUCCUUGACUUUGCUAUUGAAGCUAUUCAAGAAACACAAGAUACCCUCAGCGACGAACGUUCGACAACAGCAGAAGAUUCAGAGGCAAAGUACUUCAGAGUUGUUACUGCCAGCUUAUCACUUGUGUUGGGUUUACUACAAAAGGUUGAGCCAACCAAUCUGGAAAAGCUACAGCCUCGAUAUGACGACUAUUUCGCCGAGGAAAAUGUGUGGAAAACCAUCACAUUCAGUGACUCAGCAGUCAGAAGAACCAUUUGUCAACUUCUCUUCGCUUCCAUCGACCGAAAGUUACCUUACGCAGAUGAUGCAAAGGUCAAACAGGCCUUUAUCACAGGUGGCUUGAAGACGAACCAAGCUGGCUCGGCUCUCGAGUAUGUUAGAGCCCUAACAAAGAUGACCCAAGCAUAUCCCGAUGUAUGGUCAUCAGCAAAGUCAUCAAGUGGACCAAAGUCUCCUUUGGGUAGACUUCAAGCUUUCAUCGCCAAGGGUUCUCAGGGAAGCCAAGCUAAGUUUUGGCAGUUCUUGGAUCAGCUUUUGAUGAUUUUACCAUCAGAUCUGAUCACACCUGAGAUUGCCUCCCAAUUCUUGUCAUCUCUCAAGUCUGGAGUCACACACCGCGAGGAACCUCGGACCAACACUUCAUACGCAUGGAAAUGUUUCAUCGACACAGCUAAACGACUACUCAAGAAUCUACCAGCUGAGAAUCAGCUACCUUUCGUCCAAGAACAUCUCUUCCCUCUCAUCGAGCAAUUCAUGUUCUCAGUUUCAGAAAAGACAGUCGCAAUUCCUAUGGGCCCUAAUGCUAUAUCUGUCCUUGUGGAAGCUUACAUCGCCACUGUUCAAGCCUCGCCCUCUGUGGUCUCGGCGUCUGAGGAAGAAUGGAACCGAUUGGCUAGUAUCUUCUGCGCCAAAAUCUCCGGAUCGCUGCCCGAGGUUUCCCGAGAAUAUCAACAGUCUCAAGAAAAGAUUUCGGAGGAAGGCCGACGAUGGUUCGGUCUUGUGGGCCAGAUUGAGGAUAAAAUAGCUGAGUUGGAGGAGGAUAUUCCUGACCAGACGGCUGGACCAUCUCUUCAGGCCAUUGCUCAGAGCAUCACCCUUUUGGAGAGUCGCAAUCUGAAGCCAUAUGGCGCUGCCCGAAUCAUCGAGUAUGCGCUUAGUAUGGCCCCUCGCCUCUUCCAUGGUGAUGGUGCAUCCAAGCUCUCAACCUUUUUCACUGCCAUGGCUCGGGAUGACGCGGAUAAAGCUGUUACCUCUCCUUCAUCUCGGUAUUUGCUCUCCUCUCUUCACCUCCUGGGCUCAGUGUCCACCCAAUUUGCACCUAUCUGGAACUCUUGGGUUGAUGCUGUACUCGAUUUGCCAUCCGAUGCCAUGCGUGAUUCAGCCCUUGCAUCUCUCAUCUCCAAUGAUCGAGGGGCCGUUCUAGCAAAGGGCAAUAUGGAUUUGCAAAAGCACAUUAUCGGCCAUGCUGUGCUCCUAGCUGUUGGCAAUAGCACCAACUGGGAGCUGUUGGAAGCCGCCGUCACAUAUCAAACGCUUACAGAUAGCAACUACCGAGAGCUUGUGCAGGCACUUGUUGAAAUCCUCGAAAAGGAGCCUCAAAAGACAGAAUCUACUCUGCAGGCUCUGGAGAUUGCCGCCAAGGGUCGACCGGAGUUAUUCUCUCGCGAUGACCGCGUUCAUACAACGCUAGUCGCGCUGUUGUUGGGCCUGUCUGAGCUUGAGGAUAAUGCCAUCUCUUCCAAGGCAACUUCUAUUCGCACACUCCUAGACACUCACACCGACGGAAAACUGCCUGUUGUUGCUGUUGUUCAAGCCAACCUUGAACGUGCAGGCACACAAUCUUUAGAUAUCGACACAUUGGUAUCACAGGCCUACCAUGCCGCCUCGGGUGAUAUUCCAUCUGAAGAGCUCUUCCCAAGCACUAAUGUGUGGAUGAAAGAGCUCGCCCCAUUCUUAGACUUAUCCAUCAACCCUUCACUAUCCAUCACCAAUAGCAUUGGUGGGGCUGCUGCAUUGGUGAAUGGAGCUCCUCGAUCUACCCAGCUGCGAGUCCACAGGGACAGAAAGGGGCGCUCUAUUCCUACAAGAAUGGCCCUCUAUGUGUCUCAACUUUCAGACAAGCUUCCUCUAUCGCAGCUGCCUAGGCCCUUCCAACUUGAGCUGUUAUAUCUUCAGUGUUUGACUGUGCAGCUCAUCUCUGACCAGAUCACCUGCAUGGAGGAGAACCGUCUGUGGCAGAGUCUCAAGCAUGCUGAAGCUAGCACACAAGCCGAGGAGUUCGUCUCCAAGACCCGUGGUAUCUUGAACAGUGUGGCUGCUGAUGCCAAGCCUUGGAAUGAAUCGAGCGAGAAGUCCAUUAUCCAAGAUCUUAUUGAGCUCUUGACCCAGCAUUCAAGAGAGUUAACACCCAGAGGUUUGUACAGUGCAAGGGCUCUGAGCGAACUUGUGCAAUUCUUAGCAGAGGCCCAUGGUGCAUCGUCAGGCUUUGAGGAUGCCCUUCUGAAGCCCGAUGUUCUGAAGGUUGGUCCCACAACAGUUUUGCCUGCCUCAGCAAUUAUUGCUGGGUUUGGCGAGACUCUUCAGCCUUCCAAGGCUGCCAACACCUUCUCCAACAGAGUCGUGAGUGAGAUUGCGGGAGCCAGUGCUCAGGGCGACAAGACCUUGAUGACUCUUGUCCUAGUCUCAUCAUGUGCUCAGAUUUACGAGACCGGUGAAUUGCCUAUAGCUAACAACCGAAUCGUCUUCGCCGUCCGUCAAAUCACAUCAUGGCUUGAUGAGCCUGAGAAUCUGAGCCCAGCUCUUUGUGCCGAAAUUUGCCGCGCUCUCAACAAGCUACUGCCUUGCAUGAAGGAUGUUUACGGAUCCUACUGGGAAAAGACAAUUGAGUUCUGCAUUUCGCUAUGGAAUCGUGCUCACGAGUUCGAGUUGGAUGAGGCUCUUCCCUUCAUUCAUUCUUCUUUGAAGCUAUUCAAGACCAUUGGAUCCUUACAGGAGCCCAAUGAUGAUCUUGUGGAUGCCCUCAAGGAGUAUGCUAGUGCCAAGCCUAGAGCUUUGGUUGAGCUAUUGCGACUUCCUCGUGAGACGAGCUCGCAGCCUCUUGAGAUUGUAGACGCCAUACUUUGCCGAGAAGUCGAAAAGAUCUCUUUAAAGCAUGCGUCUGAUCUCUCUGACCUCUUUGGACUGGUGGCGUCAGAAUCGCGCGACAUCCAGACAGCUGCUUUCAACCUCCUUCACAAGGCACUUCCUGAGCAGCAACAGCAAAAGUCCGUUGAUCUUAUGCUGGACAAGACAGAUGCUCGUCUGCCCGACGAACUACUGUCGCUGUUGCUCGAUGCUCCUACACUCGAAAAGUACUCUGAUGAGAUGCUUGCCGAGUUCCCUUCUGCCAUCCGCUCAUACCUGUUGUCUUGGAAGCUCGUAUUCGAUGCUUACUCGACAUCAUCCUUCAAGAUCCGUAACGACUUCACUGAGAACCUCAAGCAAGACAACUAUGUGGCGCCUUUGCUGGACUUUAUGUUUGAUGUUCUAGGCCAUUCAGCCGCACACCCUCUCAAGUUGGAAAAGAUCAACCUCACGUCAGAGCACAUCCGAGAUUACGAUGUAAAGCUGGCAGAGUCGGAGCCAGAGGAGAAGAAUAUGCAAUGGCUGCUUGUUCACAUCUUUUACCUCCUACACAAGUACAACCCUGGGUUGUUCCGCGCCUGGUACAUGGAGUGCCGCUCCAAGCAGACGCGAAUUGCAGUCGAAACCUGGACGGCGAAAUACUUCUCACCUCUUAUUAUUUCAGAUGCUCUCGACGAAGUUCAACAGUGGGGCGAUACUCAAGAACCACCCGGUGAGGGCGAGCAAGAGCUCGUUGUGCGUGUUGCUCGAGCCGCGAGGGAAGUCACAGCAGGUUACGAGAUUGAUGAAAGCCAUGCUGCCAUCAGCAUCAAGAUCCCCCAGAACUACCCAAUCGAGAACGUGGCCGUCGAGAGCCUUAACCGUGUUGCCGUCAACGAAAAGAAGUGGCAGAGCUGGAUCAUGACAACGCAGGGUGUCAUUACCUUCUCCAACGGCAACAUCAUCGAUGGUCUGCAGGUGUUUAAGCGUAACAUCAUCGGCGCGCUCAAGGGCCAGAACGAGUGUGCGGUUUGCUACAGUAUCAUCUCAACGGAUAAGCGCAUGCCGGACAAGCGAUGUGGCACAUGCAAGAACCUUUUCCACAAGUCAUGUUUGUACAAGUGGUUCCAGAUGAGCAACCAGAAUACCUGCCCGUUGUGCAGAUGUCCUAUUGACUACCUGGGUGCGGAUACGCAGAAGAGACGUCAGUGA